AUUUUUUUUGAAGUUUGAAGAAGGGGCGGGGCCGUGCGAACAAAGCUCUUUGUUCGUUUGUCUUAUUAUGAACGCACUUGUAAUGUCUUUCAUCAAUUACUGAUAACAUGUUUUGUUAUGAUACAUAUUUUGUUGAGCUGUAGAGGAGGGAUGCAUGCAAAGAUACGGCACGCCAAGCAAAAGGUGUGGUUAUUAAUUGUGUAGAGACAUCAUUCAGAGCUUUGGAAAUACUUCUUGCAAGGGUGCAUCAUGGGAAACAAGUUAAUCCGGAAGCGAGAGUCUCCAGUCGGCAGUGCUGCUAGCCCAGAGCAGAAACCGACCAAGGACCAAACGGUGGCUCCUGAUGGCACACCGGAUCAGAAGACGGUGCCAGCGGAGAAGCUGGACGUGGUGGUCGGGGAGGAAGUAGCAAAGGUGUCAUGUCUGCCCGGUGAACAGUGCGUGUCCAAGCUUGAAACCGCCCCAGAAGCUGAUCCCAAACCCAAUCUGGAGGCGUGUGCGGUUGAGCCCGCGCCAGAGCCGACACCGGCCGUAGACGGAGAGAAUGACCUAUCAUCCAUGUCUUCAUCCCCUUCAGUUGAGAUGAGUACGCCUGAUGGCACCCCGCAGCCUUACCAGACUCCCACAGAGGUCCUGUUGAGCGAGGGAGCUGGGGACGACGCAGCAGCAGCCCUUGAGAGUUCUUCGUUGGAUCCGGAAACACCUGAAGAGGAACCAGAACCGGCUGAAAAGCCAGCAGAAGUGGAGGCUGCUGGAGAUACGAAGCAAAGGGAGGAAAGCGUCAACGAAUCCCUGAAAGAGUUGAACCUAAAUGCAGGAACCGAGUCAGACCUCCUGGACGACAUUCCCAUAGACACAUGCACCGACACCGCUCAGGUCAUGUGACCCUUCUGCCUUUACAAGAAUCCUCCAGAAUGUUGUCACGCCAAAGGUAAAUACUUAUGCUGGUGUUGGGGAGUGCAUAGUUGGACAGAAGACAUUUUUACUUUCUGCAAAUUCAGUCCAUUUCUAAUGAUUGUACAAAAAGUGGGAGGCGUAAACCACUACAGAUGGACAAUGUAACCAAGUUUUCCAUGAAUACACUUCUGAAAAGUCUUCCCUUUAAAAUAAAGUUAUUAAUACUCACUAUGA